AUGUCGUCUUGUGCUGGACGCACUAUCAUGAAUGGUAGAUGUGCAGAAAGUCUGAUAGUUGAGUCAUUGUCUGGUAAUGGAGAACUUGAAAUACAUUCAGUAAUAGAGUGCAGUGCAAUCCCAGACGAAAAAUCAGAAAUUCCGACUCCGGAUAUUGCUAAAUCCUAUCCCCAUUUACGGGAGAUAGCUCAUCAAAUGUUAGAUUUGAAUCCAAAUAUAGACAUUCAACUUUUGAUUGGAAGAGAUGUCCCAGAAGCGCACCACGUGUUUAGACAGUUGACAGGACCGAAGGGCACGCCAUUUGCCCAGGAGCUCUUUUUCGGUUGGGUAAUUAUAGGCGAUGUUUGCUUAGGCAAAGUACACAAACCAAAUUUUGUCAAUGUCAAUAAGACUAAUGUAAUGAACAAUGGUAGAGGAACUAUAUUUGAACCUUGUACUAACACUUUGUAUGUAAAGGAAAACACUGAAUUGGCUCAUAUCAGAGAUAAUGUUAAUUCACAAGGAUGUAACAAUGACCCAUUGUUUAUUAAAACCAAAGAUGACGACAAGAUUGGCACAUCAGUCCAAGACCGCUUGUUCCUUAAUCUCAUGGAUUCUGAAUUUAAGAAAGAUUCAAAUGGGCACUGGACUGCACCCCUCCCUUUUAGACCAAAUAGACAACGAUUGCCGAACAAUAGGAGUCAAGCAUGGAAAAGGGCUCAAAUACUCGAUAAAUCUUUCCAACAAAAUUUUACAAAAAAGACUCAUUUUGUAGAAUUUAUGCAAAAAGUAUUAGUUAGCGGAGCAGCGGAGGUAGCUCCCAUAAUCACAGAUGAGGAGUGUUGGUAUCUCCCCCUUUUUGGCGUUUACCACCAGAACAAGCCUAACCAGAUAAGAGGCGUAUUUGAUUCCUCAGCAUCUUUCGGAGGAGUAUCUCUCAAUAGCGUUAUGAUGUCGGGACCAGAUCUCACUAACAACCUACUUGGUAUUUUGUUGCGUUUUCGCAGUGACCAGUUUUAUCAAUUCUACGUGAGAGAAGAAGAUAGAAACUUUUUGAGGUUCUUUUGGUACAAGGACAAUAACCCAGAUAAUCCGCUUAUAGAACAUCGGAUGUGUGUCAAUGUUUUUGGCAAUAGCGCUUCUCCUGCAGUGGCAACGUACGGAUUACGUAAGACAGUUGAAAACUCUAAUGAAACGUUCGGCUCAGAUGUUAUGACUUUCGUUAACAGGGAUUUUUACGUAGACGAUGGGCUCAUUUCCUUGCCUGAAAGUGAACAAGUAAUUGAUCUUAUAACAAGAACACAGAUGGCGCUAAAAACAGAAGGUAACAUUAGGUUACACAAGAUUACAUCAAAUAGUAGCGACGUAAUGAAGGCUUUCCCUACCGAUGAUAUUGGAAAGGAUCUCAAGAAUUUAAACUUGUGUGAAGACUAUUUUCCGGUACAACACAGCCUUGGCCUUGCUUGGGACUUAAACACCGAUAGCUUUAUAUUUACCCCAUUACAAGAUGAUAAACCCUGCACCCGUAGAGGUAUUCUUUCGUCAUUGAAUAGUAUUUUUGAUCCGAUUGGAUUCUUGUCACCACUCACAAUUAGCGGAAAGAUUUUGUUGCGAGAUGCAUCCCCACCGGGUACUGAUUGGGAUGAAUGUUUAUCACAAAGUUUUCAAGAGAAAUGGAAUGAAUGGGGGAUCUCUGUUUUGUCACUUCGAGAACUUAGUAUACCGCGUAUGUAUAUACCUAUGUCAAUCAGUGUUAUGGACAACUUAGAAGUACAUGUAUUUUCAGACGCUUCAGAGAAGGCAGUUGCGGCUUCGGCAUAUUUAAGAGCUAUCGACACAUAUGGGACCAGUACCGUAGGAUUUAUUAUGGGAAAAUCGAAACUAGCACCUCUUAGCGGAAACACGAUACCAAGAUUAGAGUUAUGUGGGGCUGUCUUGGCAACCGAAAUUGGAAAAAUAAUAUCUGAAAAUUUAGAUGUUCCGUUGGACUCUAUCAAGUAUUAUUCUGAUAGCAAAAUUGUGUUAGGAUAUAUCACUAAUCAGACCCGACGUUUUCACACCUACGUGUCAAACAGAAUUGAACGCAUUCUGAGUGUAUCGUCGUCAAAUCAGUGGCAUUUUGUCCCAACACAUUUAAACCCAUCAGAUUGCGGUACACGUUUCUCAAUAUCUGUUGAUAUGGAAAACAAUCCAUGGCUUCUUGGGCCGAAGUGGAUGAAGAACUCUGACGAAGAAGCUCAAUGUGAUGUCAAAAUAUUAUAUCCGUUAGUUAGUCCAGAUAAUGAUAAAGAGAUUAGAAAAGAGAUAAGUGCAUCGAAAACGUCAGUAGAUGCGCUUCCGCCAAUAGUGGGGCGUUUUAAAAAAUUCUCUAGUUGGAGACGGCCUGUGAAAGCUAUAUCAUUUUUGCAACAUGUGGCUCAGUCAUUCAGUUUAAAGGAUAAGUCGUGCCAAGGUUGGCAUUUUUGUCAAAAUGUCAUGUCAGUUGAUAGUUACCAAAAAGCGGAAUUAUUUAUCUUGAAGGAAUGUCAAAAGGAAGUAUAUUCGCAAGAGAUAGAAUGUUUGGCUAGAGGCACAAACAUUUCAAAACAAUCAUCUUUAAUCUCUCUUUCGCCAUUUUUGGAUUCACAAGGUUUGAUUCGUGUAGGAGGACGUUUGGAAAAGGCAAAGUCUUGGCUUCCGACAGGAGAAAUUAACCCAAUUAUCAUUCCGAAAAAUAGUUACAUUAGUAAGCUUCUUAUAGACCGCUAUCACAAUUCAGUGAAACAUCAGGGUAGACAUUUAACUGAAGGUGCGUUAAGGAGUGCAGGAUACUGGCUAAUUGGAGCUAAACGAUUAAUUUCUUCAUUUAUACAAAAGUGUGUAAUAUGCAGGAAACUUCGAGGAAAGUUCCAGGAACAAAAAAUGACGGACUUGCCUUCUGAUAGACUAACACCAGGGCCUCCGUUCACAUUUGUAGGUUUGGAUACCUUCGGACCUUGGCAAGUAUUAACUCGUAAGACACGAGGAGGUUCAGCAAAUAGUAAAAGUAUGGAAAUUUAA